ACCCUGCAAAUUCUUGUCUGCUAUAAGUAUUGUAGAGAGAACUUCUUAUUGAUUUCCUUGUAAGUCCUUAAAAUUCUGAACUAUUCAUUAUUAAGUUCAUUUUAAGUAUUUGGACGGACCCUUGUGACUCUUACAUAUUUGUUUUUGGAUUUGAUGAUUUAAUCUUACUAAGGUAAAUUAUGUGCUUGAUAUGUCUACCUCCUGGGGUUCCUCUUACUGGCUUAAGAUGCGACCUUAUAGUUGAAGUAAUCAGUAUGUUCUUGGGGUUGGGGUGUAGGGGAGCAUGGAUUAAAGUGUUCCUUUUUAAAGAAACAGGUGAUUGUCUUGUAAACUUUUACAGUCAAUUGAGAAUUUUAGGUUCUCUAUGCUAGAUAUUGUUUGGGGAUGACAUAGGCUGUAGAACUCUUAGUUGCUACAUGGUCUUUGGUGUUUCCUUAUCAAAGUGGUUUUAGUUAAAUCUAGAUUUAAGACGCUCAUAUUGCUGACCAUUUACAAUGAUUGCCACCUGACCAGAUGAAACUGAUCUUAAUUCCUACCUCAGUUACUGCCGUCCUGUUCUCGUUCUUAUAUGAUCAAUAGCAUGAUCUUACAUAGUAAUCCUCUGUUUGUUAGUAACUUGAGUAAUUUGUCUUGGUAUAUAUGAUCUUACAUAGUAAUCUUCUGUUUGUUAGUAACUUGUCUGGGUAUAUAUGAGCUUAUAUGCUAAUACUUUGUUUAUUAGUAAUUUGUCUGGGUAUAUGAACUUCGUACUUCUCAUUACUUGCCACUAUUUUGAUGUUCAUUCUCCCUGAAUCAAAGGACUCUUUUUCCUCAGCCAUUAUGAUAUAGUUUAAUCUCAUUAGGCUUGUAAAACUAUUUACCAGAUAAGUUCUAACUUCUCACUGAUUUGGAGAUAAAGUUUCUCUUUUCAGUCUCCUUUUUCCCAUUAAUGUGAAUUUUCUUCUAUGAGGAGUCAUACAUAAAUGUCAAAGACAUUAUUUUCAAUCAUAAGGAAUAAUCUUACCCUUAUGCUUGCUUUUACAGAUGGUUACUUUGAUUCUAAUAUAGGAUCUGCCCUUCAUACUACCAUGGCCUAUGGAAUGACUGGUUGAGUUUGUAAUGCAUUUUUUGUAGCAUAUAUGCAGUUGUAUGCACAAGAGUCUGAAAUAUGUUUUUGGUGUUUGUUCCUGGCAAGUUAGCUUUCUCAGUUCAGCUUGUCAAUUAUUGAGUUCAAGUCGGUAACAAUGCCAGAUAUUCAGUUGGGAGCUCACACCAUAAGAUCCCAUGGAGUUAAAGUGGCCAGAGUGCAUAGGCAUGACUGGGUUAUACUUCUACUUCUUGUGGUGAUAGAAAUAGUAUUGAAUGUUAUAGAGCCAUUUCACCGCUUCGUUGGAGCAGAGAUGAUGGCUGAUCUGAAGUACCCAUUGAAAAGCAAUACUGUUCCCUUUUGGGCUGUUCCAGUUAUUGCAAUAUUAUUGCCUUUUGCAAUUUUUCUUGUGUACUACUUUUACAGAAGGGAUGUAUACGAUCUGCACCACGCCAUAUUGGGCCUUUUAUUUUCUGUAUUGAUAACUGGAGUUAUUACGGAUGCAAUCAAAGAUGCUGUCGGUCGUCCUCGACCAGACUUCUUUUGGCGUUGUUUUCCUGAUGGGAAGGGGGUGUAUGAUAAUGUGACGUCAAAUGUUAUUUGCCAUGGGGAUAAAAGUGUCAUCAAGGAAGGGCAUAAAAGUUUUCCAAGUGGUCAUACUUCUUGGUGUUUUGCAGGCCUUUGUUUUCUUUCAUGGUAUAUUUCAGGAAAGAUCAGAGCAUUUGACCGCAGGGGUCACGUUGCAAAGCUCUGCAUAGUCUUUCUUCCAUUGCUUGUUGCAGCUCUUGUGGGUGUUUCCCGAGUUGAUGACUAUUGGCAUCACUGGCAAGAUGUAUUUGCUGGAGGUCUUUUAGGCACAACUGUAGCUUCAUUUUGUUAUUUGCAGUUCUUUCCACCUCCGUAUGACAUAGAUGGAUGGGGACCUCAUGCAUAUUUUCAGAUGUUAGCUGAGAUAGGAAAUGGUCAACAGUCCUCCAACACCACUACCAAUCAUCUAAGCAUCCGGUCAUCAGAGAUUGAGAAUGCUUACACCCAACCUGUACAUGAUAGGGAGAUGGGUGUAAUGGGCAUACAGGAUACAAGUCCAAUUCUGAAUGCAAUGGAAUCUGGUAGGAGGCUGUAAUAUUUGGAUGGAAUGCGAUAGUCUAUACUCGGUGCAUUGUAAAAUUUCCUCCAUGUCAAACUUGUUUAUAAAACCCAAAUGUCCCUGUUUUUUGCCAUUGGUCAUAUAUCAGGAUAUCAGGUUGUACAUGUUCUUACAUCAUCCAUUGUGCAGUUUGUUAACUAUUGUGAUUUACUUAAUGGUAUCUUGUUGAGAAGUUCGAGAGCCAAGGUAUUAUAAUAUCUCAAAGACACAUUCCAAAAAAAGAAGUCUUUAGAGAUGGAGUGCAAAAGACUUGGUGAGUUUACUCAAGUUUGAAAGUUCUAUAGGCUACAAGGAUUUGGUGUAUCCAUCUGGUGCAUAAGAUGAAGCUUGUGAUCUCGUUUGUGAGGAUGCCUUAUUUGAAUGCUAAGUAUAAUUCCAAUUUUUAUUGUAAGGGAAUCUCAAUUUUGCAGCCUUUGUACCAUCGACUCACAAAUGGUGAUUGUUAAGUUUUUUCAA